GGGCGGGGUAUAUAGCCCAGCGCCCGCGGGCCGGGUCUUGUGAACGCCACGCGGACCCGCUGGAUCCUGGACUCUGCGCUGCUGCCAGCCGAUUUCUUUCUCCAGAAGAAAAAUGGCAUCUGUUGCAGUUGAACCACAGCCGAGUGUGGUGACAAGGGUGGCCAACCUACCCUUGGUGAGCUCCACAUAUGACCUCGUCUCCUCGGCUUACAUCAGUACGAAGGAUCAGUAUCCCUACUUGAAGUCUGUGUGUGAGAUGGCAGAGAAGGGCGUGAAGACCAUCACCUCUGUGGCCGUGAUGAGUGCUCUGCCAAUCAUCCAAAAGCUAGAGCCACAAAUUGCCGUUGCCAAUACCUACGCCUGUAAGGGGCUAGACAGGAUUGAGGAGAAACUGCCUAUUCUGAAUCAGCCGACAAACCAGGUUGUGGCCAAUGCCAAAGGAGCUAUGACUGGGGCAAAAGAUGCUGUGACGACUACUAUGACUGGGGCCAAGGAUUCUGUGGCCAACACAAUCACUGGGGUGGUGGACAAGACCAAAGGAACAGUGACUGGCAGUGUGGAGAAGACCAAAUCCGUGGUCAGUGGCGGCAUUAACAUAGUCCUAGGAAGUCGGAUGAUGCAGCUGGUGAGCAGUGGAGUAGAAAAUGCGCUCACCAAAUCAGAGCUGCUGGUAGACCAGUACCUCCCUCUCACCAAGGAUGAACUAGAAAAAGAAGCCAAAAAAGUGGAAGGAUUUGAUCCUGUUCAGAAGCCAAGUUAUUAUAUCAGACUGGGAUCCCUGUCCACCAAGCUCCGCUCAUGGGCCUACCAGCAGGCCCUCAGCAGGGUUAAAGAAGCUAAGCAGAAAAGCCAAGAGACCAUUUCUCAGCUCCAUUCCACUGUCAACCUGAUUGAAUUUGCCAGGAAGAAUGUGCAUGAUGCCAACCAGAAAAUUCAGGGUGCUCAGGAUAAGCUCUAUCUGUCCUGGCUGGAGUGGAAGAGAAGCAUCGGAUAUGACGAUACAGAUGAGUCCCACUGUGCUGAGCACAUAGAGUCACGUACUCUUGCUAUUGCCCGAAACCUGACUCAGCAGCUCCAGACCACAUGCCACACCCUCCUGUCCAACAUCCAAGGGUUACCACAGAACAUCCAAGAUCAGGCCAACCACUUGGGGGUGAUGGCUGGUGACAUCUACUCAGUGUUUCGCAACGUUGCCUCCUUUAAGGAAGUGUCUGACGGCCUCCUCGCUUCCAGCAAGGGGCAGCUGCAGAAAAUGAAGGAGUCUUUAGAUGAUGUGAUGGAUUAUCUUGUUAACAACACACCCCUCAACUGGCUGGUAGGUCCCUUUUAUCCUCAGGUGGCUGAGUCUCAGAGUGCUCAGGCCCAAGGUACAGCCAGGAGGCCCGGCAGCCUGAGCGCAACACACAUUACACCUGUCCCUGUCAGCAGUGCACAGGGCAGCCAGCCAGAUGACCCCUCCUCUUACGUUGAAACCUGCUAGACAACUCUGAAGUGGGAAAGCAGCUAUCGAGAAAAAAAGGUCCUCUAUUGUAGUCAUUGCCAACUGGAUUAAGAGCUUUAAAGUUUCUACUUUAACGGAUGAGUUCUGUUGUUUACUUGGCUGGAAAGAAAAGAAUGAUAGACUGUUCAGAGCCUAUCCAGAACUCACAAAAUGUCCCAGUGCAUUUAUGGCCUCAUUCUGUUGCCACUGUUGCUGUCUGUUUGUAUUGAAUAAAAACACCUUUAUGUGGGCUGUUGUAUGAACUGGUGUCUGCUCUGGUUUGGUCUGAGCAGGCCUCAGCACUGGUUUGUCUCACAAUGCAUGCUUGUGCACCCUGAGUUUUUUAUUUUUCAUAAAGGAAUGCCCCCUUUGAAUUCAAUAAAAUUCACUGCAGAAUAGAUCACUUUUAUGCUGUGUGUUACAUGUGCUUUUAGUGUGGCUUUCUUGGAACUGCUUUGCCUGCAUGACAGGGUUAUUAAUACACAUGAAUUCAAAUGGGCUGUUGGGGAAUUUGUAAUAACAUUGGAAGACUAAUGUUAAAAAUGGAAUGUUUGAUAACAGGUUUUAAACAAAUUAAAAGCUAAUGUUCCUGUAAGAAUUUUA